UAAUACUUUUGUUGUGAUUUGUAAAUAUCUAAGAUAAAAGUGUAUUUUAGAAUAAGAAAUAUAAUUACAAAGUCAUUUUAUUUUACUAAUUUAUUAUACUGGCAACCCACAAUCAUUAUUGUAUUUUAUUUUUACCGGAAGUUGUGGUUGUGAUUUGUAAAUUUUUAACAAAUAAAAUAUUAUUUAGAAUAAGAAAUAUAUUUUAUAUAAUUAUAAUCGCAUAUUAAUUUUUAAAUGAUGUUCACAUUAAUUGUUGUAUUUAAUCUUCACCGGAAGUUGAAAUGCAUUUAAAAUGUCAAUUUAUACAGGAAGUGUGUCUUCUUUAUAUUGGCGGGAAAGGUAUUACAAUAUUUUCAACCAGAAUAGUCUUUUAAAUUAAAUUGUACAUAAGUGGAAAGGGUUGAAAAUAUUUAUACUUUAAUAGUUUGUAUGUUGUUAUGUAUUUCGAAUAUUUUUAAGGAAGUUGUGUAAAAAUAAAACAAUAAGUGUAUUGAUUACUGCUGCUUUCUUGUUCAGUAGAUUGUAAGUUCAGGCAGUUGAGAUUGUGAAUUCGAAGCGUCGACAUCAAGAAGUAAUAAUCUUGUAGUCUUAUUUCGAUUGUAGAAGAAUAGUAAUUAAAGUAUUUAUUCUCAACUCUGAUUUUAUUUCAAAUCAGAAGUGCUAAGACCCACGAGCCAUGGCUGAGAGCAACCGUCAUCGAGCCGAAGAGUCCACUCCAGAGCGACCUAGUCGGCGUCGCCGUAGAUCAUCAUCGAGUGAAUCUGGGUCACCUGUACUACCCGCAAAAGUCAAGCGAUCAUCAAAAAGUCUGACAGCCGGUGACCUGUUGAAAAUCAUCACUGCGCUACAGGAUGGCUCAAGUAAGAACAUGAAUACCACAAAUGUUGUCCCAGAGUUUGACCCUAAUAAUAGGUCACAAGACGUUGAGCGAUGGUUGAGAAAAGUAAAUGAAUGUGCCGCUAUUUACAAUUGGGAUGAGAAACAGAUUAUCCACUAUUCAUUGCAAAAGUUGGCUGGUUUAGCCAAGAAAUGGUACGAGUCUCUUCCUACGCUCAACUUCUCGUGGCAAGAAUGGCAAUGUAAAAUGAAAAAGGCUUUCCCGAGUGAAGAAAACUUUGGAAAGCUAUUAGAGGAAAUGUUAAACCGCAAGUCUCGUUCUGACGAAACACUCCGUGACUAUUUUUAUGAUAAGCUGUCAUUAUUGAGUAGGUGUGAAAUAAGUGGACGCAAAGCAGUUGACUGUAUCAUUUAUGGAAUUGCUGACGUUUCUGUUCGUAAUGGAGCACAAGCUCUCAAAUGUAGUGAACCAGAGGAUUUGUUGAAUUACUUGGCUUCGCAGCAAAUUAAUCAAACAAAAGAAAAUCCACGUCAUCUUUCCUCUUCUAACAAUAACGCUUUUCGAAAACGUGAUUUUCGCACUAGUUUCAACGGACAAAAUAGGAAUUCCCCUGCAAAUAGGGGAAAUGAUGUUACAUGUUUUAACUGCCAAGAACGCGGACACUCUUACAUAAAUUGUUCAAAACCCAUAGUCAAAUGCGUUAAAUGUGGCAGGGUUAACUUUGACAAUUGCUAUAAAAAACCUCUUCUUACACAUAACACUAACAGCCAAAGUGAACAGCCUUCUGACAAAAAGGUCUUAAAAAUAACCUCUGCGAACUUGAACAUUGAUUUUUUAGAGAGCUGUCCAGUGGACAAUCAAAAGGCUUCAACAAUAGACCCUCAGCUGAGCAGUUCAGCUAGUCAGGUUCCAGCUGUUGUUAACAAUAAAUACUUUAAAAAAAUUUGUGUUAACGACCAACCGUAUGAGGCAUUUAUCGAUUUUGGAAGCGACUGCAGCCUUGUUAAAUCUUCAGUUGCUAAAUCACUUGGUUUAACCAAAAGUUUCGAUAACUUGCCUAUUGUGAGGGGAUUUGGAAAUUCCAUUAUUGAACCGGAAUUUCGGUCAACAAUUCUAGUAAAAAUAGAUGAAGUAGAGACUGAGCUGAAUGUGUUGGCUGUUGAUGAUGCCUUUUUGCCUGCAUCAUUACUAAUAGGUCAGAACUUUACAGAGCUACCCUCUGUAAUGGUUAAGAAAGAUAGUGAGUCAUUGUUCUUCUACCAUCAAACACCCGAAAAAUUGGCUCAUGAUUCCACAAUAAAACUAUUUGUUAAAAAGGAUACUAUUGUUACAAAAGGAGGUUUAGUUGAAGUAUAUUGCAAGGAGCCUUUCUCAGGGGAUAUUUAUAUUGAUGGUGGUACAAGGAUGAGUCCCAAUCAGGAGUACCAUUUACAUCAGGGAUGCUAUAAAAUCAGUGACAAAACCGCUAUUAUUUUUGUAACCUCGCUUACUACUGCUCCUUUAAUAUAUAAAGCCGAUACCUUAUUGGCUCGGGUGAAUCCUAUAAUGGAGACUAGAACAUUUGCUAUAAACACUCAAAAUCAAUGUUUGGAACUACCGCCCUUAGAUAUAACGGAAAUAAAGGUAGGACAAAAUAUUCAAUUUGAAACAAUCGAAAGACUGCAUAAACUCUUAAACAAAUAUAGGUCUUGUUUCGCUCAAAACCUCAGUGAGUUAGGCUGCGCUAAAAAUAUAAAAAUGAACAUAGAACUUAAUGACAAAACUCCUAUAGUAUACAGACCUUAUAGGUUAUCCUUUCAUGAAAGGCAAAAGGUUAGAGAAAUUGUAGAUGACCUAUUAAAUAAUGAUAUUGUUCAAGAAUCUGAAUCCAAUUAUUCUAGUCCUAUUUUAAUUGUUAAGAAGAAAAAUGGUGAAUCGCGAUUGUGUGUAGAUUACCGAGCCCUGAAUAGUAAGACCAUUAAAGACAAAUACCCCUUGCCAUUAAUUGAUGACCAGAUUUCAAAGGACAAUGCCAGGGUCUGGGCUCAUAGUUUGCCCAGCAAUGGGAGUAGUUCCAGGGGGUUCCUUAGUGCAUUCUGA